UGGGAUGGGACUGAUGUCCAUGAGGGGGUGUACACCAUGUACCACCUGAGCCGGAAUGGCGCCCGCUUCCAGAUGUUUGCUCCUAAUCAGCAGCAGAUGCACGUGAUGGACCACAUGAAGAAGCAGCCGUCCUCCGGAGAGAACAGGAACCUGAUGACCGAGUCAGCUCGCUUCAGCCACGGUCAGGGGAUGACUCAGAUGCAGGACCUGUCUAAGCUGGAAGCCAACGGCUACGAUGCCGUCAUCUUCCCUGGAGGCCACGGCGUCACCAAGAACCUAUCCUCCUUCGUGAAGGAUGGAAAGGACUGCAAGCUGCACGGCGAUGUAGAAAGGGUGCUGAAAGAUUUCCACCGUUCCCGUAAGCCUAUUGGACUGUCCAGCAUGGCUCCUCUGCUGGCCUGCCGCGUGCUUCCCGGCAUCGAGGUGACCAUGGGCUACGAGCGGGACGACAACACCCGCUGGGGGAGCUGGCCUCACACCAGCCUGGUGCAGGCCGUGAAGGGCAUGGGCGCUCGCCACAACGUCCGGGAGCCUUACGAGGCCUAUGUGGACGAGAAGAACAAGGUGGUCAGCACCCCGGCCUUCCUGUGGGAGACGGAGCAGCACUAUCACUACAUCUUCGACGGGAUCGGCAACAUGGUCAAACACGUCAUGCGUAUGUCGACCAAGUGAGACGUAAAGCCGGGGAAAGACUUUUACCUGGAGUAACGUCAGCGCUUUAGUUAAAGAGCAACAGGUUUGCUGAGUGAUG